GCUCGGAGACCGGAAAAGGAAGUUCCUCGGCUCUUCCCCACGUUGUUGAUUCUGGUGCUGGUUUCCCCAGGACUUUUGCAGAGCCUGAUUUUUUGCUGUCUGUGAAGCCGCUGCAGGAGGAACGAUGGUGCGCAAGCUGAAAUUCCACGAGCAGAAGCUCCUCAAGAAGCUGGACCUGGUGAACUGGGAGGCUGCCUCUGGAAACCUUGCCGAGCUGCGAGUGCUCCGCCGCUUCCGCUUGCAGCGCAGGGAGGACUACACCCGCUACAACCAGCUGAGCCGCGCGGUUCGGGAGCUGGCCCGCCGCAUUCGGGACCUCGGUGAAGCGCCGGAGUCGGCGGCUUUCCGGGCUCGGAGCACUGCCGCUCUCCUAGAGAAGCUCUAUGCCAUGGGGUUGGUGUCCUCCAAGAGCUCUCUGGAGCUGUGCGACCGCGUCUCGGCCUCCUCCUUCUGCCGCCGCCGCCUGCCUUGCCUGCUCCUGAAGCUCCGUAUGGCCCAGAACUUGAAAUCGGCCGUCACCUUUGUGGAGCAGGGGCAUGUCCGAGUUGGGCCCGAGGUCGUGACGGACCCGGCCUUCUUGGUGACUCGGGCGAUGGAGGACUUCAUCACCUGGACCGACUCCUCUCGCAUCCGCCAGCAUGUGCUCAACUACAAUCAGGAACGGGAUGAUUUUGAUUUGGCUUGCUAAUUAUUAUUUUUUAAAAAAGUGGGGGCACCCUUUCCCAAUUUGUUGACCUGACUUAUUUAUUAAAUUUGUACGCUGCCCUUCGCCCGAAGAUCACAGGGCAGUUCACAACAUAAGAAUGUCCAAUGAGAACACAAAAUACAGAAUAAAACAAAAACAUCUAUCUCUUGCGCAAUCCUUAUGGACCAAAGGGGUGGGUAGGCCUGGAAUGCUUAGCCCAGGUAAUCUCCAAGGGCCCUAACAUUUUCCCCACUUGGCAGUUAAUGCCCUGAUUAAUGUGGAUAGUCUUGAUAUUUUGGAGGGUAACUGUUUACCGCUGCUUGCAAUAUUGACUCUGCUGUCCGGUUUGUGUGUGUAGAUCCUAACGAUGCCUGUAUGUCAUAUUCAUUUUUUAAAAAAUAUCAUUUUUGUCCAACAUUAAGUACUGUAAGAUAAAGACAUGACGUAAAAGAAAAAAGGAAGGAAGGAAAGAGAGAUAAGGAAAAAGAUAUAGAAAAGAGCUUUCAAGAGGAAAUAGAAAAGAUAGAGUUCAGAGAUUAAAGAACUUCCGGUUCUUCAUCUGUCUGCUAUAUAUAAACAAUAAUCACUUCAUACAUGCCAAUGUAACACCUAACAAAACCACUUUCUAUAAACAAACAAUAUCUUCCA